AUGGAGCAAUUCAACAAAAUUGCUAUCGAAUGCAUAUCAUUAUUCAAGAAAAACCUGCUAUUUGAAUACCAAUCCAAUAAGCAACUUGCAAAUGCAUUUCAAGCAAUACAGCAAUCUAUUGUAGAAAGUAAGGUGCGCAUGUGUAAUAGUAGCAUAUUAAACCCAGCAUUAAAGCUUGGAAAAGCCAUGAACGGCCUAAUGAAUAUUUCUGAUGCUUGCAUCCUGAUCGGCUUUGAUAUUUGCAAUCCUCUCAGGUAUAAUAUUAUUAGACUCCCCAAUAGCCAGACAGACCUUCAGAAAAAGCUAGACGAGCUAUUUACAAUUCCACAAUAUUACGGAGGGCUUCGGCAUCACAAGUACACAAUAAGCAAAUACAGCAUAAAUGAUUGUUACAAGCAGAAACUUCCGAUUGUUUAUAUUGCAAGUAUCGGAAAAUCAUUCUCCAAUCUUAUUUCAAGAUCUGUAUCUUUCAUAAAGCGAAUAUUUAGUAUAGACCCGAACAUUUUUGAAAUCGAGGAAUGUAUAAUACCUAAGGUAUUCACAUCUAUAUCAUCCAGAAGUCUUUUAUCCGAGCUUUGUACAGAAAAUGGAUGCAUUGAUCUAGAAAAUAUCGUAAAAGAAAUUACCAAAGACCAUCCUGAGCUUAUGUCAAUCAAAACCACAGACAUUAGAAGAACAGAGACUACUCAGAUAUCUUCAAACUCAUUCAGUUCACAAUUUGAAGUUGAAUUUGAAACAGUAAAUAAGCUAAACAAUCAAUUAACAAAACACAUUCUCCUUGCUCAGGCAAAUUUUAUCCCAGCGAGUAAGGACACAGGCUUCAAAUGGACUUUUGCAGGACUUGUAUGGGCCAAGCUGAAUUAG